AUGAUUAGAUUAGUUGGAAUUCCAUAUGUAAACAUAAGAAGGAUAGGGAGGGGGCUGAGGAUCAAAGAUGUGGCAUUGUUUAAUAAGGCUCUCAUGUCUAAAUGGCUGUGGAGAUUUCUUAAUGAAGAGGAUGCAAUUUGGAGUGUUACUUUGGAGGCGCAUUAUGGGAUCCUAAAGGACCGAAUCCUAUUCAAGAAAAAAGUUGGUACAAAAUGUUAUGAAUCUUUAUGGUGGAGAUAUUUGAUGGAGCUUGGGGACUCAACCGAAGAGAAUGGUUUUACUCAGGUUAUGUCUAUCAAAAUCGGGAAUGGUACCACUGCUCCUUUUUGGAACAUAUGUUGGAUCAUGCAUAGAGCGUUCAGGAAGAUUGGGGAUGUGAUGUUUUGGCCGCUCCAAGCUUCUCACUGUUAUUUGGUUCGUUCUUAUUAUGCCAAGAUCGUACAAAGUUCUGCGGGUGUGGUGGGGGAUAAUAGGGUGAAGGAAGCGUUAUCCAUGAUAUGGAAUGCGAAGGUUCCAUCAAAGGUUGAGGAAAUUAAUCACUUUUUCAUUAACUGCUAUUGUGCAAAGGUAGUGUGGCAUAAGAUUUUCAUUUGGUUAGGUCUAGGGUAUGACAUGGAGAACAAUUAUUGUAAUCAUUUUAUGUAA